GAAUUACAGGUUAAGGGGGAGGGGAAAAUCCUGCUCGAUGAUGCUGUUGUCAUUUGUGACUUUCGACGUUUAAGAGAUUUCAAACCUUACAGAAGGGAAGAUAAAGGACAGCCUGCCUCUUCACGUCCGUGGACAGUAUUUUUAAAGCUGUGAGCGGGGCCCAGGCCAUGGCGCUCGCUCUCAGGCUGCAGCUGAGCGGCUGCCGGCGGCUGUUGAGCCGGGCCCGGGUUCUGUGGCCGGGCCCACGUCCCUCCUGCUGCCGGUAUAUCAGGACUGACAGAAGUUCAGGACAUCAGGAAAAUGCAUUGACUUUUAGAUUGCACACUUCGAAAGAGCCAACAGGAUUUGAGAAGUAUUUUCCCAAAAAUAAACCGGCAACAGGACCAAAAGCCAAUGACGUUAAAGCAAAGCCAAAGGAGUCUGGAGGAGGUACAGGAGGUGGACCAAGAGGCAGUGGUAAGAAAAGUGGGAAGAAAGAGGAAUCUGCUUGGUGGAACCGGUUACAGAAGGGAGACUUUCCAUGGGAUGAUAAAGAAUUUCGAUAUUUGGUUGUGGGAAUAGCUGGACUUUUCUCUGGAUUCAUGUAUUUUUAUUACCGAAAUCCUGGCAGGGAGAUCACUUGGAAAGAUUUUGUAAAUUAUUAUCUAGCACGUGGUGUGGUAGAUCGCCUAGAGGUUGUCAAUAAGCAGUUUGUGCGGGUAAUUUUCACUCCAGGGACUACGACUGAUGUUAGCUAUGUAUGGUUUAAUAUUGGAAGUGUGGAUACAUUUGAGCGUAAUUUGGAAAAUGUGCAACAAGAGAUAGGAAUAGAACCAGCAAAUCGUGCAGCUGUAGUGUAUAAUACUGAGAGCGAUGGUUCAUUCAUGCUAAGCAUAUUCCCCACACUGUUACUCAUCGGCUUUUUGCUCUAUACACUGCGACGAGGAUCUAUGGCAGCAGGCCGUGGGGGGCGAAGUGGUGGACUCUUCAGUGUGGGAGAAACAACAGCAAAAAUGCUGAAAGAUGACAUUGAUGUCAAAUUCAAGGAUGUCGCAGGAUGUGAAGAGGCUAAAUUAGAAAUAAUGGAAUUUGUUAACUUUCUGAAAAACCCUAAGCAAUAUCAGGAUUUGGGGGCCAAGAUCCCAAAGGGUGCAGUUCUGUCUGGACCACCAGGAACUGGGAAAACCCUGUUGGCUAAAGCAACAGCUGGGGAAGCAAAUGUUCCUUUUAUAACUGUUAAUGGAUCUGAAUUCCUGGAGAUGUUUGUUGGUGUUGGACCAGCCAGGGUGAGGGACAUGUUUGCCAUGGCACGGAAAAAUGCUCCAUGCAUUCUCUUCAUUGAUGAGAUUGAUGCUGUUGGAAGGAAGCGGGGUAGAGGAAACUUUGGUGGACAGAGUGAACAGGAGAACACCCUAAAUCAGCUACUGGUCGAGAUGGAUGGAUUCAAUACAAGCACCAAUGUUGUUGUUCUGGCAGGAACAAAUCGACCUGAUAUCCUUGACCCAGCACUGAUGAGACCAGGGCGAUUUGAUAGACAAAUUUAUAUUGGUCCACCUGAUAUCAAAGGACGAGCAUCAAUUUUCAAGGUUCAUCUCAGCCCAUUGAAGAUGAACUCUAGAAUCAGUAAGGAAACAUUGGCACGUAAACUAGCUGCACUCACUCCAGGGUUCACUGGUGCUGAUAUUGCCAAUGUAUGUAAUGAAGCUGCUCUGAUUGCUGCUCGUCAUUUAAAUGAAUCAAUCCAUGUGAAGCACUUUGAACAGGCAAUAGAACGUGUGAUUGGAGGAUUAGAGAAAAAAACACAGGUCUUGCAGCCUAAUGAGAAAAAAAUUGUUGCCUACCAUGAGGCUGGACAUGCUGUUGUUGGCUGGUUCUUGGAACAUGCAGACCCUCUACUUAAAGUCUCUAUUAUACCUCGUGGGAAAGGUCUUGGCUAUGCGCAGUACUUGCCUAAAGAGCAAUACCUUUACACAAAAGAGCAGCUCUUUGAUCGCAUGUGCAUGAUGCUUGGUGGUCGAGUGGCUGAGCAGAUAUUUUUUGAACGCAUCACAACAGGUGCUCAGGAUGAUCUGAAAAAAAUCACACAGAGUGCCUAUGCCCAGAUUGUUCAGUUUGGUAUGAGUACAAAACUUGGGCAAGUUUCCUUCGACCUUCCACGACAAGGUGAUACAGUUGUUGAAAAGCCAUACAGUGAGACCACAGCACAGAUUAUUGAUGAAGAGGUUCGGGCUCUUAUUGGUACAGCAAAUGAGAGAACUGUGGCAUUGUUGAAAGAGAAGCAACUGGAAGUUGAAAAGGUCGCUGAACGAUUACUAGAGAAGGAAGUACUCGAUAAAAGUGACAUGAUUGAUCUUUUGGGACCUCGACCAUUUUCAGAAAAAUCCACUUACGAAGAAUUUGUUGAAGGUACUGGUAGCUUUGAAGAGGACACCACUUUACCUGAAGGUCUGAAGGACUGGAACCAGGAGAGGGAGGAGACUAAAGAGGAACUGCCACACAAACAGCUAGCAUGAAACGUGUUAAGUACCUUUGUAUUUUAUGUAAACUGGAGAGCUUAGUGGUGACCAAAUUGAAAGGUUUGCUUCGCUAGGAUAAAAUUGAGAAUGCCUGCACUCUAAUUUGGAACAGUUCUCCCAUAUGGUCGUCCUUGGUAACUAUAGGCUGUAUGAAGCAGCUCAUGCAGUCAUACCUUUCAUUGAUUCAGGUGAUGGCCAUAUUUUGUCACUGAAUUGAAAGCAGUUUGGACUGAGUCUGCAGGAUUUCGGAAACUGCGCUGACUCUGGUAAAUCUAUUGCCUCCUUGUCUGAAAGAAAGAUUCAGUCUAUUUAUUGGUAAGUGCUGGAACAAAAAUAAACCUAAAGGAGAGUUCAAAUGUUCCUUUAAUAAAUGAACCAAAUUUAAUUGGUUAUAACAUGGUAAUUUCAAGGGGACUUGAAUUUUAUGCAAAUGUGAAAAUAUUUGCCUAUAAGUGUGCAUAUUCUUCGCUAGUACUAUAAUUAUCAAUCUUUGUAACUUUUGAUUUUCUUAAUUACUUUUACUGUAUACCGAAAUUAGUUUAGCGACUUGAAAUUCUAAAUCUGAAACCUGAACCCAUUUCAUUUUUAAUUAUAUGCGCAGACCUAAAUUGGUGUAGAAUGACAAUAUAUUUGAAAAAAUUGACAACCCCACAAAAUUUAUUUCCAUCCUCUAAAAGUUCCAUUUUAAACCACCAAUUCUUAUUGAAGUCUUUCAUGCAAUGACCUAAAUAAAUGUAACAUUUAAGCACUCAAGUAAGAAUAAUACGGGUGUGCUGGAUAGUUAACUUUUUCAAACUGAUCAUGGUUUGUAAAUUAUUGAUUCUUAUGAUCAUGAAUACUAAUGUAUUAAGCAUCUAACUUAGAUAUUCUGUGAUGCGUUGUAGCUGAUCACUCCCUUAAACAAUCUGUGUGUUGUGUUUCAGACACAUAUGUACUGUCCAAUAUUUAUCAUAUUGUUACUCAUUUAGAUCUAUUUGUGACCUGAACUGGAUGCUGUACUUUCUCACUUGCCUUAUUUCCUUCUUGAACUAUUCAAUACUUAAUUGGGAAACUCUUAAUGAAAGAAGGCCAUAUCUGAAUUGUUGAGUUGCUUUAUUUAAUGGGCAUUAAGUGAACAUAGAGAUAGCAAGUUCUCCUUAUUAUCUCAAACCUACUUCUGUCCACAAAAAAGUAAGAGCAAUAAUAAACAAUACUGUUGACUGUUUUCUUUUGUCAUCACUUUUCCUUCAAGGCAACUUCUGCUGCAGACAACAUUGAUCUUUUGCAGCUGCUGGCCCUGGCCUUACAACUUGCAGUUUCUUGUCUCCUUUUUUUAUCCUGGCUAGCCAUAUAAAUUCCUUCAUGUCUCCACAGGGACGGUGAGAAGGAGGAGCAGGUGUAGGUUGUUGGAGAAGAGGAGAGAUGUACAGCUGGGUUUCUCGUCAUGGUAGGCCUGUGAAUUAAAUUAACUGCUACUUCGUGUUUUGAGCUUAGUAAGGCCUUCUGCUGAUUUGUUUUUAAGACCAGGAAGGCUAUCUUGGAAUUGCCUGGGACCAAGCAACUAGCUCUAAUUCUUGUGAAUAUCACAUAGCAACUCAUCUAGCUUCAAAGCCUGCAGCAUUUGACUUUAUUUAAUCCUGUAUAAAUUAUUUUGUUUCAAAAUGCAAUUUUUAACCAUAACACAAUCCCAAAAUUCUUUCAAGUAAGAAACAAUGGGGGAAAAUUCUCAAAGGUGCCUUGUUAACUUGACUGAUCUCUGAUGCAGAAUGCUUUUGGUGAAGAUUUGAAACAAAAUUGGAUUACAAAUUCCACUGUUGCUACUUAAGUGUGAUUGAUUCUAUUUUCUGAUUUGUGCAAAUAAAGUUAAUCUUUUCUCUAUUCAAUAGUCUCUUCUGAAUUUCCAGAAAAUUUCUUGAUUUCCAAAGCUUUCUGUAAUUAAUUUUUUUUUCCAUUGAAGUCUGGUAUUGGCAUUGACCUUAUAGUAGUAAUAUUAUCUUGAGGUAAGGUUCAUUAUUCUUUAUCAUUAUUUCUUCAAUUUCUGUCAACUCUUCUAAGAGGCUCAUGGUCUCAUUCUAAGCAAACGUGACUGCUAGCCACUGUGAAUGGUUGAUCAUUUCAGACAUUCACUGAAUUCGAUUUGCAUUGAUUGAGGACUGCAUUGCUGCAGAUAUAGGAUAAUCAUUUAUGAUGGAUUUUACCAUUACCUAUGUGGCUUUAAUUUAAUAGACAAGAUCAAGGUGAAAACCAAAUAUGUGGGGAAAAAUAGCUUUUUGGUUUCACUGUGUUUCUGAAGUUAAAUAUUGUCUUGUGAAAUUGUAACCAAGCUGGAAGAUUCGAACAUUACCAUGCUCAAAUUAAAAUUUGUGGUGACCUGUCUUUCACUUGCUAAGUCCAUGAGCAGUAAACUGUUCAUCUUGUGUUGUUUACAUUAUCACCCCUCUAAAUUGUUUUUCUAAGUCUUGUGGGAUCCAGCUUAGGGUCUGUCCUUGCCCGUUUAGAUUAGCUACCAUGUAGUUAAAGCUUGAACAAAAACGAAAGAACUGCAGAUGCUGUAAAUCAGAAACGAAAACAGAAAUUUCUGGAAAACCUCAGCAGGUCUGGCAGCAUCUGUGAUGAGAAAUCACAGUUAAUGUUUCGGGCUGAGUGACCCUUCCUCGAAACUGAUUUCUCUCCAUAGAUGCUGCCAGACCCACUGAGAUUUUCCAGCAAUUUCUGUGUUUGUGCUAGUUAAAGCUUGAAUAUUGCUGUUCACUUGAGACUCUCCUGACAAAAGGUGAUUAUUAGUAUUCUGUAUAGUUUAACAUUUUUAUCGUUUAAGUUAAUUGGAGAAUUAUGCUGUCAGAUUGCCUGUAAAAUUGGUUUGGUCAUUCUGAAUUCAAUGAUUAUAAUUACUGUGUGUUGUCUUUUGGCAUUUAUGUAGUGAAUAUUGCUAUAUACUGUUCGUCAUUUUGCUGCAGCAAGAGGUUUAAAUAGUCACAUAUCUUUUGUAUAGAGAGGAUUUAUUCUGAACAAUUAUUUUAAAUUCUGUAUAUUCAUACGAACUUCUUACAAAAAAUUCAACUUUUUUCUGCUUAUGUUUUGGAGCUGUAUUUAAUUGCUGCAUCUGGAUUUUUGUAAUUAUUAUGCCUUAUCAAAUGUUACAUUGGCCACAAUAUUUCAUGUUUUUGGCAGUGGAAUAUUUGUAGCUGCUGCAUUCAAGUAUUUACAUGGAAUUUAUUACAAUACUACAGAUAAAUUACUAACAUCUGAGAUUUUAAAAUGGAAAAUCAACAACAACAAGAUUCAAAAGUAAAUCUUUGAAGCACUGCCCAGAUAAAUGAAUGUCUACAUUACAGUCAUACGGUCUUGCAAGUUAAUAUAUUUUUGUGAAGAAGGUAAAAUCUCCAUAGGUCACAAUGAUGAAGAUUCUGUACAAGUAGUAACAAAUAAGACAUAUCUGUAUCAAUUUUUGUCAUGCUGGGUGCCAGGAUAUGGCAGAUGUUAGCAGCAUAUUCAGCAUCACUAUUCUACUAAUAUUGCAAAAAGAGAAGUUUGGCACUGCUCCUUCAUUACUCGAUACUUGUCUGUACAUUUAUCCAUACUUCUGCAUUGAAUAUGUGCUAUCUCCAGCGGAAAAUGUCAGGGAAAAAAAGUAGCUAAUUUCUUUUGCUUACAUUUUUAUUUAACCCGAGGAUAAUCUAGUAAGUUAAACUGUCCAUGAUGUGACUGAUUCAGAGAAAAUAUGUACGUUAAGAUUUGCUAAUGUUUGGUUUCACUUCCCAUGGGCUUCGUUUUGAUUACCUGCAAACUGCUUUCGUGGUAGGGUUGGAGUGAGUGCCAAAGCUGAUAAAGGGAAUAAGGUCUGAAGUAAAAGCAGAAAACAUAGUUUGGAACUUCAUUGAUUCCUAAAGCUGUAAACAACAACAUGUGUAAAUACAGCAUCAAUAUUACAAGCAUCUUCACAUGAGUUUUAUCAAAAACACAGUUUAAAUUGAAGCAUGUAAGGCUAGAACAAAAGAUUGGUCACAGAGAUGGGUUUUAAAGUGUUUUAUAAAAGCUGAUAAAAGGGAAAGAGAAGGUAGUAAGAGAAUUCAGGCUUUUGGGCCCAUGAAGCUAAAAGCACAGUCACAACCCAAUAGAUUAAAUGUGCAAGAAGAAAGAAUUGAAGAAGAUGAGAUGUUCAAUGGAGGGGUUAUGGGUUGACUCAGUUUCGUAAAAACAUGUAUUUUCUUUCAAUUCAUAAAUUUAAAGCUUUAAAAAAUUGGGUCUAGUUGGAUGUUACAGAAAGAUCUGAAAAUUAACAGUUGCGGUCAAGGUACAGAUUCACAAAUUUCUAACUCAAGUCAAUAAAUAGUUAAUGUUACAUAUAAAAUGCAGGAGACAUAAAGUUGAUUAGGAAAGGGAUUAAUUAUACCUAAUUCAUUAAAAUACCUUGUCUAAACUUUCCUUUUAAGUACCUGUGCACAUGUUUACAACACGUACUGCCCAUGAAAAGCUUCUAAGCUGUAAGUGUACAUUCCUAACAAAGAGGUGGUGGUAACAUUAUUGGCAAGGUCUCUAAUUAAUGUUUACCUAGGCAGUUUCUAGUAAAGUUGUGGGCAUGGAAAUUUAUAUUCCAAAUAUAAAAGUACAGAAUGUAAGACUUUAAAAUGAGGAGUGGACUACACAACAGUGUGCCUUGUCCGAUUUCCAUCAGCUUUAAAACUGUGCUCACCUUGAAGGCUUCCAUGCACAGUGCCCUGGGCAAUCAGCUGCAACAGAAAAUUACUCAUUAAGAAAAAGUUUUAUAAAUAAUUCAGGAUUUCAACAUCAAGGAAGCAGAAAGUGCGAAUUCAGAAUGGGUAAAUGUAAUUGGCAAGUGUCUGAUUUACCAUGCUCGUGACUCAUUGCAAUUCCAUUAUUUGCCUUGUGAAAGUAGCUAUAAUUUACCCAUACAAAUUACGGAAGCAAGUCUUGGUAGUGCUUGGUUUACCUCUCGUCAUAGAAUCCCUACAGUGUGGAAACAGGCCAUUCAGCCCACCGAACCUCCAAAAAGCAUCCCACCCAGAACCAUCCUCCUACGCUUUCCCUGUAAUCCUGCAUUUCCCAUGGCUAACACACCUAAUCUACACAUUUCUGAACACUAGGGGCAAUAUAGCAUGGCCAAUCUACCUAGCCUGCACACCUUUGGACUGUAGGAAGAAGCCGGAGCACCUGGAGGAAACCCACGCAGACACAGGGAGAAUGCGCAAACUCCACACAGUCACCCAAGGGUGGAAUCAAACCCAGAUCCCUGCUGCUGUGAGGCAGCAGUGCUAACCACUGAGUCACCAUGCUGAUAAAAUUUGAGCUGCUACAAUAUGUUUGUGUGUGUGGAUAUAUAAAAGAUGCAGCUUGUUCUUCCCUUGUGGUUUGACCAGUACAAAGCAGUCAUCAAGGUAUGGGAAAGCAUUGUCAUUUGGAACAUUUCUUAACAGGUGCUGAUGAUGAUGUGCUUAAAUGCUAGGCCAUUUGGAAAACUAGUUGAUGUAUUUUAAAGAUUGACUAGUUGUCUGCAUAUUAAUGUACCCCUGUUGAGUAGGUGGCCUGUUACCUGAUCCAAUUUUCCAAUGGAGGUUGGCUGAUUUAAUGGUAGCUCCGGGAAUGUAGCUUCUCCCUUCUCUUUCAAAAAUGUGUUCCACUCAUUUUAUUAAUUACCCAUGUAUACCUGUGUUUUGUUAUUUUUACAUGAGAAACUUAAUUAGUGGUAAAAAUAAAACUGAGAAUUUUUGACAACUAAA